AUGCAGCAUAACGACCAGAAGGUGCCGCUUUCGCCGACUGGUUUGGCUAAAGUUGGCAAUUCUGACGAGAAUGGGCCCCAAGCUCCGGUGGUUUUCCCGAAUUUGCCGCCAAUGAAUUUCAACAGGGCAGAUGUUCCAAUUCCCGGCGGAUCGCCGCAAAACAAACCACCAGAAGGCGUUAAAGAUGGAAUUCCUGCACCCAUGAAUGCUGGUGAUGGCCAAAAUUGGAUGAUGGAUGGAUUUUAUCCCAUGCCCAUGAUUCCUCGGGGUUCAUUUCUUCCGGGUGGACAAAUGAUGCCCUUUGCUGGGGACGAAAAGGCAAAGGACGGAGCCGGGAAUCUCAUGAGAAUGGAACCAGGUGAUGACAAGGCCAUGCAAAUGUGUUACUAUAUUCCUCCGCCGAUGAUGGAGCCUGGAAAAGAAGGUCCACAGCACAUGAAGCCACCAAUGUUAAUGCCAAUGUAUCCAUUCAUGUCUCCUAUGCCGGAGGAUGGGAUGGUUAUGCGUGAUUUUGGCAAAUUUGGGAUGCCAAACAAAUUCCCCCCGCAGAGGAAGAAUUCGGACGCCUCGGAACAGGUUAAAUCUAUUCCUACAUCAGUUCAGAUUCGUGAAAUUUGUCAACUAAAGUCAUGGAAAAAGAGGCUACAAAAGAGCAAGAGCCAGUUUAGAAUGGAUGCCGAUGCUUCUGUGACAACAAAGCCGGCUGAGGAAGAGAAUGUUUUAGAAGAGUGUGCAACUAAACAUACAGCUCCUCAGACCGGUUUGGCCCUCUCCAAGAAGCAAACGAGGGAUUUGGAAGUUUCAUGGGUCAUUAACCGAUUUGAUUUGGAGGAUGAUUUGACCGAAGAAGACUCUGGGGGAUUUUUGCUCUUUGACAAGGAUGAUUUGAAAAGGGAGGAUGUUGCAGAGCUAAAGAAGGCUAUAGAGUCUCUAGCCAAUGUCAAACAAAAGUGUUACCCAUACCAACUUGUUGAUAAGCCCACUAGUUUUUCAAAGCACGUUAAAAAGGAUGGCUACUCACUUUGGUCCACCGAUGAAGAUUUUGUUUCUACUUGUGAAAUGUCUAGUCAGGACUCGGCGCAUGCUGAUAGUAGUGAGGAGACUUCAGUUGUACCACAAGAGGUACCAGAGGAACCCGCUAGCAUUCAGGAUGACGAGUUUCUGGAUGACUUGGAAAAUGAGCUACUAGAUGGUCUAGACGAUGACAAGGAUGUAGAUGAUGGAAAGGACCUGGAUGAUGAAUUCGAUUUUGAGGUUGCAGAGACAAAGGUUCCUUCACCGUCAUUGCCGGAACAAACAAAGGGACCUGAAGAGGCGGUCUCCAAGAGCCCUAGAAAACCUGAAAGCCAGCUGUUUGGUGAAGUACCAGAUACUGUUGACUAUGACAAUGCAAAAUUGGUCCAUGCAUUUCACAGCUUUGACACUGCCCACGAAUGGUACAAGUUUAGGAAAAACAUUGAUCACGAACUAACUUUGGCUGAUUUCGUCGAAUUUGAUCACCACAAGCGUUUUAAAAACGAUGAGAGGGUAAGGAAUAUUAACAAGCUGUUUGACUUGCGACUUCCAAAUUUUGAGACUACAGAGGACCCUGCUUUAAUGGUUAAACUUUAUUCCACGGCAAAGGCCAACCUAAAGUUCCUCCUCAACUAUAAGCAUCCAGAAGUCACAUCUCUUGUAAAUUCGUCCAUAUAUGACUUGAAUGCAUCAAACGCCAUUUACUUUAUGGCAUCGGAUGAUAUUGCCCCCAAGGUGGAUGAGUUGCCUACACCGUCUGGAACCUUGACUGAACAGGAGGAUGGAACUACUCCUGUAGUAGGACAGGAAGAGGGCGGUGAUGAGCCGCUACUACAGGGUAAGGAGAGUGAUACUAGACGACAAUGGCGCAAGAGGCUUCAAGCCUUGGAUAAGGAAACGAGACUUGCAUGGGUAAACAUGGGAAAGAGUUUGAAAUACAUUGAGAGUGUAUUCAACAAUAUUGAGCAAAGCCGCGCAUAUGAUUCUGUCAUGGAGUUUUGCGAGGUUGCAAGUAUGUUCCGUGGUCGAGAUUAUAUAAACCUGUUGAACCAAUCCUUUGAUGAUGUUUACGCAAAGCAGAAUCCUCAUGAAACCGGCAAGGAUGACGAGGUUCUCAAUCGCAGGGAGUUGAUACACACAAGAGUUGCCAUGAAUUUGACGGGGAUAUUGCCGCUUGUUGGCAGAUCAGCCAAGUUGCACUAUGCCCGCUUCCACCGUAUGGAUUUCCGUAAUGGCCUCUUUAAUGCCCAUGUUCGUGCUCUAAAGGGUAAUUACUCUCCAGAAUGGUCUGCAUGGCCAGUACGACCUGUUAUAAAGAGUGUUGCAGCUCUUAAUUUUAGAGACGAUGAAUUGGCUGAUGGUUCACAGAAUCACCCCUCAAACUACUUCAUUCAUUCUAGUGAUUUAAGUCUCAUUGAUGAUUGUAAGGUGGCUCUAUUUGAGUAUAUUGAGCAGUACCCUCUCCUCCUGUCAAACUGUGGUAUGGUUUCGCGUGUGGAUAAUUAUGUAAAUAUUCCUCAAGAGGGAGGAGACCAAAAUAUGGUAUCUCUUGGUCCACUCGGUACAAUGAUUCCAGUUAAUGAUGGUGUGGAAUUAUUUGGCAUCAUACACAAUAUAAAACCUGGAGAGGGACAAGCUGUUGUUGAAAAUAUGCUCUUUAAGGCACCAAUUUUUGUUCAUCCUCGGCCAUGCACAUCAGCUUCAAAGAGUAACCUUACCGAUACUGAUUUUUUGCUUGUUAGAAGUGUUGAUAAGGACUCUGUGACUGUGCGUUUGCGCCCACUCACAUGGAAAAAUUCUAUCGCAGUAUACACAGUUGGACAAUGCGAGCCAAAGAUGGAAAUAUCAUCUCCAAACUCAAAGUCUUAUCAAGAUGAUGCAAAGUCCCUGCUAAAGGCAUGGGCUCUAAAGUCUAUAAUGACGGGGAAUAUCUUGGAUACUAAACAUUUGCGCAAAGAAGCUCGCAAAAAGUUUUAUCCAGCACUAUCAGAAAAGGAAAUUGGCCAUGUUUUAAAGCAACUGGAAAGUAAUCCUAUUUUUAGUACCAGACCACAGGCUUUGGAGAGAAUGAUUCAUUCUACAAUCAAGCCAGAGGUUGUAUGUUCUCUAGAGAGUACCAGAGCUGGAAGGUACAGAUUAAAGAGUUUGGGUAUCUCAAAACUCAAGAACCCAGACAGAAUAGCCACUGUAUACGCCAAAAUACACCAGGAGGAAAAGGAAGCCUUACAACACCAACAGGUUGCCGAGAACAAGAGAAAGGAGCUCAAGAGUAGUUACUCAAAGAGGUUGGAAGCUCGCGGAAUCACAGGUCCAAAAUUGGAGCAAGAACUUAACCAAUUCAACAUUGACCUGCAAUGCACAAUUUAUGGUCAUUUGGACAAUCGCAUGCUCUCACCUCAAAUUAGAUUCAUUGAGGAAUUACUCAAGCUCUCUCCUUGGAAUAUAACUAGGGAUGCAAGACAAGUUUUAAACAACAAGGGCUCUGCACAGUUCGCCUUGUAUGGUUUUGCCGAUCCCAGUGGUGGAAGGGGCGAAGCUAUUAACCUCUUAAAGAGACAGGUCAGAGACACCAGUCUAGAAAACACAUCGUCUGGGGAAGAUUUGAGAAAGUUGUCCAUGGAGGAAUUGGGUAAACGUUUGACACGUUACGGUGUGUCGGAAUCAUACAUCAAGACAUUGCCAAGGUGGGAUCAAGUCGCUCUUGUCAGACAGUACAGAGACGGCUUUGGCGGUCAUACAUCUGCUGAAGGUGAUAACAGGUGGAGAAUUCCUCCAGAAGAGUAUCAAAAGAAGCUAAAUGAUAUAUUGACUAGGCAAAAGGAAGCCUUGUUGCCAGAUGACCCAGAGAUUAGCGACGAAGAGGACCACGAUAGUAAUGAGGGAAACCAAAACAUUGUUGAUGCUCUAAUGGAUGAAAUCGAUGCGGAGUCUGACAAGAACGAUGAUUUGGAGAUGCAUGAACUGGAGAUACUCCGUCAAUUGAGGGAGGCACAGACGUCUGGUCCACUCAGUGAAGAGGAAAAAAUGGCAGAGGAUAACAAGCUCAAGGCUGUACCGGUAAUCAUGUGGCAUCGCCAGAGCCGCAAGACCCCAGCGGAACCGUUUGGAAAUGGACGUGCCGUCUUUAUCUAUGGUGAGGAGAAUAUUAGAAAACUACUCGAGUGGCGCAAGAGGACUGCCCUCAAAAACAAAUGUGCAUUACCUAGUGAACUCAUCUUUGGCAUAAAUGCGGGAGGAAAACGUAUUUGCAGAGCUUGUGGACAGGCUGGUCACAUUGCAUCUAACCCCAAAUGUCCUCUUUACAGCGGUGAUAAAGUGAGACAUGACACGUACCAUCCAUCGUCUACUGUGGCUAUUAGGGCAGGACCUGGAAGGAAACCGUUUAGGGAUUCAGAUUCUAGUGAUGGAGAAAUUGCUGCUAGUACAACUGCUUUAUACAGGGACACUCCGGAAUGGGUCCUAUCCAACCUCAACACGGCUAAUGCCAGAGAAAAGAGAAAGACGGCUGCUUACGAGGAAUCCGAUGCUGAUUCUGUAGAUGAGGCAUCACUUGUGAUUAGAAGACGCAAGGCUUACAGAAUGUACGAGGACGGGUCAAACAUUAACUCUAGAUAUAGUGACGAUGAGCACGUUUCCGAGUCCAAGACUGGAAACAUUGACACCAUAAUGAAGGUUAUAUCAAAGGUGGUGAGGAUGAUGGAGAAGGAAUCUCGCUACAAGCCCUUUGCCGCUAGAAUUCCAGAGAGCAUUGCUCCAAAUUACUACAAAAUCAUCAAGCAUCCCAUGUGGUUGGCACUGCUCAAAGUUCGAUGCAAGUCCAAGUACUACAAGAGCGUUACUCAUUUCCUGAAUGAUUUAGCCCUCAUUGAGCUAAACUGCAAGCAGUACAACUCGGAAAGUUCUCCCAACGCCUGGUUGAGGAAGAUGAGUGAGGUGCUUGUUGAUGACAUUCUGCAACGUCUUCAGCAAAUGCUCUCGCAGCACAUGCCCACUUCUCUGCUAGAGUACUGGAUUCAGGAGCACCAGGCGAAGCGAGGCGCUGCCUCCAAUGUUCCUGGAGCUCCGGCCGGAGUAGUUGCCACGACCCCUGGAGUGGCUGCCGUUGCUCCUUCUACGGCACAGACGACCGCUCCAGAGGCUUCUCAGGCUGUAAACACGACAGCACCAGGUCAGCUCUAG